UAAACCGUUUGUAAGAUGGUUUAGAAUUUGUCCUUUGAAAUCCAUGUCUCUUCGCAGCUCAAUCUCAAGAUCCUUCCUUUUUAACUUCCCGCGCAAUUUCAAAGUUUCAUUCACUCUAAAACGCACUCAAAAUACUCAACGGUGUUUUAACAGGAAUUUGAGUGGACAGAGAGUAGCUUGUAAUGCAUUGGAUGAAAUUUCUGACUUGAAAAAUGAAGAUAAUCUGAGAGGAAUUGAUUCUUUACAUCUAAUGGAUGAGCGUAGAAUUCGAGCGAAUUCUCAAACAUAUCUAUCGAUUCUUGAUUCAUGUUCGAAUUCUGAGUCCUUUUUAGAUUGUAAAAAGACCCACGCGAAGAUUCUGAAGACGGGUUUCCAUAGCGAAACUGUUUUAGGUGAUAAGCUCAUUGAUUUUUAUCUUGCAGUAGAUGAUUUAGUUAGUGUAGAUAAGGUUUUCGAUGAAAUGUCUAGCAGAAAUGUAAUAAUUUGGAAUAAGGUAUUUUCUGCUUUUGUUGCAAAGAAAAUGAGCUAUCUAGUGUUUUCUCUGUUUUUUCGAAUGGUAAAGGGAAAUGUAAACCCUAGUGUAGUCACCUUUGCCAGUGUUUUAAAGGCUUGUGGAAGCGGCCAUGUUGGUUUUCGCUAUGUUGAGCAUGUACAUGCUAGCAUUAUCUAUCACGGGUUUGAAACUAGUCCCGUUGCAUGUAAUCCUUUGGUCGAUUUGUAUGCCAAAAAUGGGUUAACACAUUCUGCUAGAAAGAUUUUUGAUGAUUUAAGUGUUAAGGAUAAUGUUUCUUUGGUGGCUAUGAUCUCUGGUUAUUCGCAGAAUGGAUAUGGAAUAGAAGCUGUCCGCCUAUUCUAUGAAGUGCAUAUGUCAGGAAUACACGCUACUCCAUAUGUGUUUUCAAGCGUUCUAAGUGCGUGCAAGAAAGUAGAGUUAUUUGAUAUUGCGGAGCAGCUUCAUGCACUCGUUUUCAAGUUUGGGUUUUUUCUGGAGACAUACGUGUGCAAUGCUCUAGUCACAAUGUAUUCCCGCUCAGGGGACUUUGUAUCUGCUGAACAAGUUUUCCGCAAAAUACAAUGUAAGGAUGGAGUUUCAUAUAACUCGUUAAUCUCUGGCCUUGCUCAGCAAGGAUAUAGUGAUCGGGCUCUGGAAUUAUUCAAGAAAAUGCAGCUUGAUCUCCUAAAACCAGAUUGUGUUACGGUCGCAAGUCUCUUGAGUGCUUGUGCAUCAAAUAAGUCUCUCUCUAAGGGGGAACAACUACAUUCAUAUGUUGUAAAGGCAGGGAUGUCUCCUGAUAUUAUAAUUGAAGGUUCUCUGCUUGAUCUUUAUGUUAAAUGCUCUGAUAUAAACACCGCUCAUAGAUUUUUUCACACCACAAAAACAGAAAAUGUGGUUUUAUGGAAUGUGAUGCUUGUGGCAUAUGGGCAGUUGGACGAUUUAAGCAAGUCAUUUCAAAUAUUUAGACAAAUGCAGAUUGAAGGCUUAUUACCUAAUGAAUUUACCUACCCAAGUAUUUUGAGAACUUGCACUUGUUUUCAAGCUCUUGAUCUAGGGGAACAAAUCCACUCCCAGGUAAUAAAGACUGGGUUUCAGUUUAAUUUGUAUGUGUGUAGUGUACUUAUAGACAUGUAUGCUAAGCUUGGAAAACUAGAUAUCGCUCGAGGAAUUCUUAGAAGACUCUCCGAGGAAGAUGUUGUUUCAUGGACAGCUAUGAUAGCAGGGUACACACAGCAUGAUUUAUUCAAUGAGGCUCUUAAACUUUAUGAAGAAAUGCUUAGCCGCAGAAUUCAAUCAGAUAAUAUAGGCUUUUCGAGUGCUAUCAGUGCAUGCGCUGGUAUUCGAGCACUAAACCAAGGACGACAAAUUCAUGCUCAAUCAUAUCUAUCUGGUUAUUCAGAAGAUCUUUCAAUCGGUAAUGCACUUGUUAGUCUUUAUGCUAGAUGUGGUAGAAUUGAAGAAGCAUACUUGGCAUUUGAAAAAAUUGACGCUAAAGAUAGUAUAUCGUGGAAUGCAUUGAUAUCUGGAUUUGCGCAAAGUGGAUACUAUGAGGAAGCACUGAAGAUCUUUGGUCAAGUGACAAGAGGUAGUGUAGAAGCUAGUUUUUUCACAUUUGGUUCAGCAGUUAGUGCUGCUGCCAAUAUGGCAAAUAUAAAACAGGGGAAACAAAUCCAUACCAUGAUUAUCAAAACUGGGUUUCAUUCAGAAGUUGAAGUUUCUAAUGCAUUAAUCACAUUAUAUGCAAAGUGUGGUUGCAUUGACGAUGCCAGAACUGCGUUUUCUGAGACGCCUGGGAAAAAUGAUAUAUCUUGGAAUGCUAUGAUCACAGGUUAUUCCCAACAUGGAUAUGGUAUUGAAGCUGUAAGUCUUUUUGAGAGAAUGAAACAAGUUGGUGUGAAGCCAAAUCAUGUCACUUUUGUGGGAGUUAUAUCAGCUUGUAGCCAUGUCGGUUUGGUAAAUGAAGGGCUUGACUACUUUGAGUCAAUGAGCAAAGAGCAUGGCUUGGUUCCUAAGCCAGAGCAUUAUGCAUGUGUUGUGGAUCUUUUGUGUCGUGCUGGUCGGUUGAGCCAAGCAAGAGCUUUUAUUGACAAGAUGCCAAUUGAACCGGAUGCAAUGAUAUGGAGGACCCUUUUAAGUGCUUGUGCAAUUCAUAAGAACACUGAAGUUGGAGAGAUUGCUGCUCGUCAUCUGCUGGAAGUGGAACCUGAAGAUUCAGCAUCUUAUGUUCUCCUAUCAAAUAUGUAUGCAAUAGCUGGGAAAUGGGAUUGUAGGGAUCAGACCAGGCAAAUGAUGAAAGACAGGGGAGUGAAAAAAGAACCUGGCCGUAGCUGGAUUGAGGUUAAGAACUCUGUUCAUGCAUUUUUUGUUGGUGAUAGGCUGCAUCCACUAGCAGAAAAAAUUUAUGAAUUCUUGGCUGAUCUAAAUAAACGGGCAGAAGAAAUUGGUUAUGUACAAGAUCGAUAUAGUCUAUUGAAUGAUGAGCAGGAGCAGAAGGACCCGACUGUAUAUAUUCACAGUGAGAAACUGGCUAUUUCAUUUGGACUCCUCAGUUUGACUAACCCCAUUCCUAUACGUGUAAUAAAGAAUCUCCGUGUCUGUAAUGAUUGCCAUACAUGGAUUAAGUUUAUAUCAAAGAUUUCAAACCGAAUAAUAGUGGUGCGAGAUGCAUACCGCUUUCACCAUUUUGAGGGUGGUAAUUGUUCUUGCAAAGAUUAUUGGUAAGCAAAAUGGCAAGAUUAUU